AUGAAGGCCAAGGCCCGAAGGCUGCUUGAUACACCCCCUACUACUCCCUUCUCCGAGGAGGCCCCAUCGGGUUCAACCCCGUGUACAGCAGUCCCGCUAAACCAGCCAUUAGCCAUGCCCUCAGCUGAGAUGUUUCAGACGUUCAUGAUGACGUCAAUGGAAAAUCAGGCUCUGACGAACCAGAUGAUUCAAACCAUGAUGUCUAAUCAGUCAACAGGGCAAGGAGGCAAGGAUUCAGGGACUAUGACUGUGGAGUCCCGCUACUUAAGAGAUUUUCAGAGGCAUAAACCGCCUUCCUUUGAUGGAGGCAAGGUGAAUCCUAUUGCCGCUGAGAAUUGGCUAGAGGCCAUAGAAACGACCUUUCAUUUUAUGAACUGCCCACCAAAGUAUGAAGUCCAUUGUGGGACAUAUAUGCUGAAAGGAGAAACGCACUUCUGGUGGAAAGGUGCUCAGAAAACCAUUGUACCACAAGGAGAGUUUAUUACAUGUUGUCAGUUUAAAGAUGCAUAUCUUCACAAAUACUACCCAAUCACUACUAAAGUGAAAAUGCAGACAACCUUCCUCGCAUUGAAACAGGGAGACAGAUCAGUGGAGGAUUAUGACUUGGAGUUCAAUAGGUUGGCAAGGUUUUCUCCAGCCUCUUUUAGUUCUAAGGAGUUGAAGGGCGAACGAUUUAUCGCUGGCCUGAGGGAAGAACUAAGGGGGAAUGUGGCAUCCCAGUCAUCCUUUGUCUAUACGAAAGCCCUUCAAGUGGCGACCCUGCUCGACUCGCCCCGUACCGACAAGCUACAGCUGGGAAUAGCACAAUCAUCCCACACUCUAGCCCAGGGAAAGGGGACAUACCCUAGCCACCCCAGAACUGGCAGACCACCCCAUGGCCGCACUGAUAGGCGAAAGAGAGUCCUGGUACGGAACAUGAUCUUGUGUCCUAAUUGUCGGCGUCCUCACACGGGGGAAUGCAGAGCAGGAACAGACACCUGCUACAGAUGCGGUCAGGUAGGGCACUUUGCAGUGGAUUGCCCUCAGAAAAACGAUCAGCUUGUCAACCUGCCUGCAGUACAGCAUGAGAGGGGCCAAGCUGGCCAACAUCAGCAGGGGCGAGCUGUAGCCCAUGCAACAACAGCCAGGCAAGCUGACCAGCCUGACACGGUUGUUACAGAGAAAGAACUUUUAGAGAUUACCCUAUCAGUGUCUACCCCUACUCACGAGCUGUUGCUAGCUACCCAUAAGAUUAAGGGAGGUGGAGUAACAAUAUCAGGGCGUGUCAUUGAAGCUACACUGAUAGUGUUAAGCAUGCAAGACUUCGAUGUCAUCUUGGGUAUGGAUUGGCUAGGCGAGAAUCGCGUUUUGAUAGAUUGCGAGACUCGAAUAGUGACUCUCAGGCUCCCGUCAAGGGACAGCUUUACCUACAAGGGACCCACUUCCAAAGGUUUCCCAAGCGUUAUAACACCGCUAAGGGCUAAGAAGUUGAUUCAUAGUGGCGCAAGUGCAUUUCUAGCCAGCGUGACCUUAGAUAAUAGUAACAAACAAAUAACCUCAUCGGUACACAUCAUCAGGGAGUUUGUAGAUGUCUUUCCAGAGGAUCUGCCAGGUUUGCCCUCAAUUAGGGAAGUCGAUUUUGGGAUCGAUUUAGAACCAGGAACGGUGCCGAUCUCCAAGGCACCUUACAGGAUGGCACUUGCAGAACUCAGGGAAUUGAAGGAACAGUUACAGGAGUUGUUGGAUAAGGGUUUCUUCCGACCCAGUGUAUCACCCUGGGGAGCCCUUGUUCUGUUUGUCAAGAAGAAGGACGGGUCCAUGCGGUUGUGUAUUGAUUACAGAAAAUUAAACAAGGUCACUAUAAAGAAUAAGUACCCUCUCCCGAGAAUUGACGACCUAUUUGAUCAGUUACAGGGAGCAACAGUUUUCUCCAAAAUUGACCUAAGGUCGGGGUAUCAUCAAUUGAGGGUCAGAGAAGGGGAUAUACCCAAGACAGCCUUCAGAAGUCGUUAUGGACAUUACGAGUUUCUCGUUAUGUCCUUUGGCCUUACCAAUGCACCAGCCGUUUUCAUGGAACUAAUGAACAGAGUGUUUAAGGAAUUCUUAGACACCUUUGUCAUAGUGUUCAUCGACGACAUUCUGGUAUACUCUAAGUCAGAGGCAUAUCAUGAAAUACACCUCAGAAAAGUCUUGACAAUACUGAGAGCCCAGUAG